CCUGAAGUUGCUAAGGGAAAGCCUCAGAAUGUUCGCCAUCAUUCUCUUAGCCCUUCUUUGUGCUUCGGCCUCCGGCAAUGCCAUUCAGUCCAGGUCCUCCUCCUACAGUGGGGAAUAUGGAGGCAAAGGAGGAAAGCGGUUCUCUCAUUCUGGCAACCAGCUGGACGGCCCCAUCACCGCCAUCCGUGUCCGAUCCAACUCACUUUACAUUACUGGUAUCCAAGUGCGUUAUGGCACAGUGUGGAGCGAAUACGUGGGUAGCAAGCUGGGAGACCAGGAGGAGAUCUUUCUGCACCCCGGGGAAUCCGUGAUCCAGGUGUCUGGCAAAUACAGAUAUUAUGUGAAGCAGCUGAUCUUCGUGACAGACAAAGGCCGCUACCUGCCUUUUGGAAAAGACUCAGGCACGAGUUUCAAUGCUGUUCCCUUGCACCCCAACACCGUCCUCCGCUUCAUUAGUGGCCGAUCCGGCGCGGCCCUCGAUGCCAUCAGCCUACACUGGGAUGUCUACCCUAGCCAGUGCAGCACUUGCUGAAGCCCACCUUUCUCUCUGGCGGGGUGCUGUGGUGGGAGUGAGAACUUCCUUAUCACUAAGACCCAUGCAAAUGUGCAAAUAGCUUAAUAAAAGGAUAUGACUGA